ACCAAGCCAGCCCGCUUCCCCAAACCAACCGGGGGGCCUCUAUCACUGAUUCUCCUUGUAAUCGCUAGAAAUGACGAUUUUUACUGGAUUCACCGCGAAUAAUAAUAAACUGUACCGUUCUUGCCGACCGGCUCAUUCAAUUUGUGCUCACUAUUACGUUAUUAAUUCUUUUUAUCCAGCUAUGACCGGAAGCCGGUGGCUAGGUUCCAGAACUGAGUCUGCUCCAUCAGAGUUCCGGGGACCAAACGCCUACGAUUUGCUCGGAGUUUCGCAGACCAGCUCAUUAGCAGAAAUCAAAGCUUCCUUUCAUAAAUUAGCCAAGGAGACCCACCCUGACCUUGCCGACUCACACACCUACUCUUCUGCCUCCAAUCGGUUCAUCCAAAUUCUCGCUGCUUAUGAGAUACUCUCAGAUUGUGAGAGGAGGGCGCACUACGAUCAAUAUCUAUUGUCUCAAAGGGUGCUAUUUCAAAGACUUCCUGGGCAGGGAUCAGAUAUUUUUACCUAUGAAUCACACAGAACACCAGCUGGGCAGAUGGAAGUUGUUGAAUGGUUGAAAUGGUAUAGAUAUGCUGUAAUUGAGAUUUUAUCAGAGAAAAGGGUGGUCAUAGGAUCAGGAUACCUUGAUGUAUUGGAGAGGGAUUUCUAUUCGGCAAUGCAUACAGCAUAUUAUGGCCCAGAGAUUGAGUGCUCAGAUCUUCUUCCUGAUUGUUUUGAAGCUGAGGAGAGGUCUCAUUGUUGCACUCCUGAGGUGCUGCACUUGGUGUUCGGGCGAGAUCUCUUUGGAAUGGUUCGUAUUACCAACCAGAUUCCUGAAAUAUCGCAUGCUAAAAGGGAAAACUUGACAUCUUUUGCAUCAGAUUUGUCUGAAUCCAUUCAGUAUGCUGAUGAUCUAAAGAACUCCAGUGUAACUGAUGGGGGCACUUACCAGAAGCAAGCAACUGAAUCUUGUUACAAUACCUCGGAUACAUAUAAAAAUCUUGAAUUAUGUAUAGGAGGAAGGCUGAUUGCUGUGGCCAGAAGAGAUCCACCACAGAGCUUAGAAGGGAAACAGAACAAAGAGGAUAGUAUUCAUGUUUAUCUCACUUCACAUGAUGACUCUGUGGCUAGGAGUCAGGUGUCUGGCGAGUUUAAUGAUGUGGAUUUUUCAGUUGGAUACAGGAUUCCACUGGGAACAAUAACUGGACUUGGGACCAGCCCGGAUGAAGGAUCAUGCUAUGUCUAUGAUAAGAGUGGUGCAAAAACCCAUAUUAUCAUGAAGCACAGAACUUUGCUCGUAAAACACAUGCAUUGGUAUCGAGUAGGAGAUAAAGCUUCAAUGUGUGAAUGUAGAUGCACCAGGGCUCGGUUGCCGCCAAGCAAAUUUUGGCUAUUCGAACCUCGCUGUGGCAUGCAUGACAUUGGAGGCUGGUAUGUCGAAACAUAUGGUAGGGAUAAGAAGGCACGUACUGUACCAUCCCAGAGACACUGGGAUGGUUUGGGUUCAAAUGAACUGUUUGACAAGAGACUCCAUCCAGCAAUGUAUUUGCUUGCUCUUGCCUAUAGAAGUCUAGAUAUUGAAGAUGCAAGGAGAAGGAAGAAAACCGUGAAGGAUAUUAUUGAAACUAAAAUGUUUAGAAUUCUCAGCUGGUGCAAGAAACUAGCCUAAAAAAGUUGCCUAAGGCUUUCUCAAGUUGGAACUCGGAAGUGCCCAUAUCCAGAAUCGUCAUUGCAUCAUGCCUGAUGUUUAGUAGACUGGUCUUCCAUCAGCAGCUUCUGCAGCAGCUGCUGCUAGAUCAUCAUCAUCUAUGACUUCUACCGGCAACCGAAAUAAUUCCUCUUUCCUAUGAUUUUCUCGUGGAAAUUUUAUACAGAGGCAAGUAAGUGCAUUUUUCUUCUACUCUACUGGAUAAUACUUUAUUAAGUUUUUUGUAUAUUUGAUUGGGAAUGAGGGCUUAACUUUUGUGCUUGUUUACCUUAUAUUGUACUUUGUGUCAAUCUUUGAAACUGAAACUUCGGUUGAGUUCUCCUUUGCUGAAAGUGUGUUCUGGAUAAAAUCUUCUACCGGUGUUGCAAAUAUAAAUAAAAAUACUGCUGCAACAAGUAACACCCCUGUCCCAACUAGUGUCUGUUUCAGCAACUGGAUCACUGGUUUGACCUAUAUGCAUAAAUUUUCAUAAGCUACAGAAAAUUAGUGUAUACCUCAUAGAAACUUGCUAGAUGGCUUUUAAGUAUGAGAAGGUAGUCUAGAGUUAUAGUCCAUUCACUAAAUUUAAGAAAACUUUGAAAUCCUUCAUUUUGAUCGGGGUUGGAUAUGUUGUUGUUACUGGAGUUAUAGUCCAUGCAUUAAAAUUAAGAAAACUUUGAAAUCCUUCAUUUUGAUAGGGGUUGGAUAUGUUGUUACGAGAAGUGCUAUUUGACAUAUAUUCUACUCAAAGUGCAAUCAACUUCAGAGCGAUUAAAAACACACUGCUUUACCAUCGAUGUGCUACCUUGUAAGAGCCGAGCAGUCUAUCACGAGCCAGAAUCUGCAAGAAUUGAUGAUUAUAUAAGCUACUGUCGUUUCUGCUCUUCUAAAAACUUUUUGUGUGGUGAUAAAGCUAGGGAAUGUUAAUUACCCCAAACCAAAAAAAAAAGGGUGGGAAUGUUUUGAGUUUGACAGGUAACUGCAUAUAAGUCUUACAGGGUGCUAUGUAGGAAUACAAUGAUUUAACCUUGAUACGCUAAGUUUGAAAUACAUUUCAUGUAUACUUUUCGACCUUGUUUUCCAGAGUACAUUCAAUCAUGAACAAUCAGCCCAUUGCAGUCUCCUAUUUUUGCUCUUGGCAUGCAUAUGAGGUUUCAUUCAUUGACAAAAUUCUUGGGUUUGAUUUUCUUCAACUAGCAUUUAAACUAGAUAAAAUAAGAACUCACCUCUGGUGGUUUUACCCACAUUUGUCCAUCAUACCAUCCGGUUUCUUCAUAAGGUAUGACCGCUGAUAGAAGUCUGUCGCCUACAUAACUCCAUCCCUGUUGCAUGCAUAAAUGGAAAAUGUGAUAGCUGGCUGAAUUUUGUUGAGUCAAGAAGAUCAAUGAGAUCAUUAGAGUUUAGUGAUAUCCAGAAGGUCUAGUUUCAGUCAAUCAGGUGAACUGAGUUGACUUAUACUACAAAAUCCAGAUACUGUCAGUUUUCAUCCCAGGUUAAGUAGCUUUAUUGCUCAAUCCUAGCAGGGAAAGCGGAUUACUUGAAGUGAGAUACUUAGGGAAGACAUCUUUUAUCGUUAAGAGAUGGGAGAGAAAAAAGCAUGCCACUGGCUGGCUAAUAUUAGCAUGUAAAAUGUUAAUCAGUUUCGCAUUGUAUUUGCACAAAACUUCUUUGCUUGAAUAGGGCCUUUCUUGUUGAUUAAGGAGACUCUGUUGGGCAAAAGUGUCGAGUCAGAUGAUAUCAUAUUUUCAAAUAGUUGUGAAAGGAAGGAACUCUUUGUCCUAGUUUUCUGGCCAAAAGUCAGUGUGUUAUGCACUCAAAUAAUCCAUACCAGAUAAAUUCUGAGGACAAUUAGUGAAACAAGAAAGAGAGUUCCUGUACUAGCCGCCAAGACAAAGCGUAAAGGAUCCUGCAGAAUAGCAUAAGUGCAAGCAAGUUAGGUUAACAGAAGAGAGCAAAUGAAUCAUGGCAGCUUUCUUUUCCUAACUGAUUUCCUGGAGCAUUUCAAUUUCAUACUCCUGUUGCGUAUACUUGAUAAAGAUACUAUAUCAUUAAUAGUUGAAGCUUGCACAAAUAUCUGAGCUAUGAAAACUCUUACAAAGGUUGCUAAGUUACCAUGUGUGACUUUUAAUUCAGAAAUUUUAACCUAUUUAUUUGGGAAAAUUAAUACCAUUCCCUUUGCGAAGUGAGAAGUCAAAAGAAAUCUAUGUACCUUGAAACUGGAACUGGACAUGGGAAUUGCAUGUUUUCAUAAUUAAAUUACAGUUAGAAUCAUAAUCUUAUGCUCAGGUAAGAAUUUUUUCAUAAUUGCCUUACCUUUGCUGGAUUGAAGCUUGCAGCUGCAAUUGGCACUCCUAGAACUGUAAAAGUGACUAACCAGAGACCUCCAAGACGUAGGAAGAAGGACCCUGGACCCAAUUCGGCCCACGAAUAUAAAGUAGAAUCUUUCAGUGAUGAGUAUUCAUUCACCUGUAAGCAUAAAUUGCAUGAUAUUUUCAAGAUUUAACCUCAAAUCUUUCUGAUAUUACUGGACAAUGAAGAUGGAAUUUCCAGUCCACUGAAGUCAAUGUGGCAAUACAUGUCUAAAUAACACAAACAUCAUCUUGAACUCAACUUUUCAGUUUGACUGUAGUUCUUAUGCAGGGUUUAACUGAAAGCUAGAAGAUUACGACAAUCGGAACUCAGACAGGCAUUUUCUCACUGCUCAACAAGUUAUGGAAAAAACUUACCGGCCUUUGUUCAUAGGGCACCUCAAUUUCCAGCCCGGGGUCCCAACUUUGACCAGAAUUUGGUGUCUGUUAUAGUGGACUAUCCAUGACCUGCAGCUGCUGCCAACCUUGUGUUGUUGCAGACUCGGUACGGGAGAAAAACAAAUGCUUAAUCUGAGCAUUUAUUUGCUCGACUCGAGUUCCUGUCGAGUCAGAAAGAGCCUUGCUUCUGAUUAGUAUCCUGUGAAUUUGGAGUGGAAGUAGAGAGAUGUUCCGAGGUGUAUAGUUAAGAGUUAUGUGCAAAUCUUUGACGACCAUUCAUUAUUUACGUGGAGGAAGACGGUGCUAAUUUGUGAAUAUGUUUAUAUAGUAUGUCGCUUGAUGGAGACAGGCAUAUCAAUCCGGAUGUGCCAACUUGUGCGCGACCCACUGGUUUGUUGUAUAAUUUGUAUGCACAAUUUUUCUAUAUUUAUCUGUUAGCUUGUGCAACGGCUUAGGCUUGUCAUAUGGCGGCAGCGGUCGUGCACGCUGUUUCAUGUUCCUUUCUCGCGUCUUCACGACCUAGGCGGGUGGGACUCGCGGAGAAGCCGACAUUAAAAUCGCUAUCUUUGAACUAAACAGAUCCUACCUCAUUGCUUAAGGGCUGCUUUUCAAGGCAAAGAGUAGAAGAGUAAGAGUGGAAGAGGAGCAUGAAAGCUUUUGCUUCA